UCGAGGGUCGUUUACUCUUGAAAAUUUUCAGAAAUCUCAGGCUUUGUCGUCUCCGGCGCCUGCAACUGGAAAUGAGCGCAGUACGCACACUAGCCAUGGCUGCCAACGGCUUCACUGCUAGAAGAGCAUUUCAAGCUUUUUCUUUCUCUCAUCCUCUUCACACCUUCUCUUUUCACCCAACUUCUACUUCUCUCACUUUCAUCUCUUCACUCAAACAACACUCACCAGGAAUAUGUCACCUUGCUCAAGCUAUAAAGGGUGAUGUGGAUGAUUUAGUUAAGGGUGUUGGAGAUAAAAGUUCCAUUGAGGAAGUGAAGUAUAUUCUUGAAAUGGCGAAACGGGCGUCCUUACGAAGAGGAGUUCUACACACGGAUUUUGUUACCCCUCCAAUAUUGAAGGAAUCAAUGAUAGUGUUGGAAAAAUUAGCUGAUGUUAAAGCAGUUGCUCAGGGAGGAUACCCUCAGGCCGAGCGAUGCCGGAUUUCUGUUGGACAUCCGGAAGCAUUGACAAGUGAUCCAGAUGUAGUUGCAGCAUUGAGUAUCACAGGAAAUUUUGUAUUUGAACCUUGUUCUCAUGGUGACUUCCUUGGUGCUAUUCUGGGCACCGGGAUUGCUAGGGAAAAGCUUGGAGAUAUUAUCUUAAAGGGAGAAAAGGGGGCUCAAAUCCUAGUUGUUCCAGAACUCGCUGACUAUCUUAUAUCAUCACUGGAGAAGGUUGGUAACGUUUCAGUCUCUUGUACAAAGAUACCAUUGCUUGCUCUUGAAUAUGAACCACCAAGGACGAAGUCAUUCAAAACCAUAGAAGCAUCACUGAGGGUUGAUGCCCUAGCUAGUGCAGGUUUUAAGAUAUCACGGUCAAAACUAGUUAAUUUGAUCAGUAGCGGGGAUGUGCGAGUCAAUUGGACCACCGUUACAAAAAAUGGUACUACUCUCAAGACUGGUGAUGUUGUCUCAGUUAGUGGCAAAGGAAGACUGAAGAUAGGAGAAAUAAACUCCACAAGGAAAGGAAAGUUUGCAGUUGAGCUCAUACAGUAUUUGUAGGAAGCCUCGGCGCAUGUUGUUUCAUGAUCAUCGAGCUGAACCAGUGGCUGUCAUCUAGAUUACAUGUUUCUUCACUCAACAUGUUAGAGCGUAAUAUAAACCAGUGUCGAGCCAUUACUUGCCAACUUAGUUAUUUUGGGUCAAGUGGUUAUUUAACAUUGUACAAGAGCAUGAUUUCUGAGCUUGAUUACCCUAAUCGUGCCCUAUCGCUGUGUAACUUAUCUUUUAUCUCUUCUUUCUGACCCUUCAAAAUCAAGUAAUUAUCCAACAUAGAUAUGGGUUUUUCUUCUUUGAAGCAGAAACCAGAGGGGGUCUUAUGGAAACUCAACCCAGCAGCUGCAUAAAGGACUAAUGGUAGGGAAGAAAAUGGGAAAAACAAGCUGUACCCGGUAAAAUGUUGUAAUUAUUUUAUUUUUUUAUAUUAACAAAUUUAUCAUUUAAACUA